GAAAGGUUGCUGGCUUCCGUACGAUCCCUGUUGAGGUUGGAAAGAACUAUUUGUGCCCCGAAUGGAAGCAAGAGCUGAUCACAUUCUCUGAAUUUAUUGAGAGAAUUCGGUCCAAUGAUACUACCACUGUGGAAACUACGUACUUAGCCCAGCAUCAAUUAUUUGAUCAGAUACAAGAGCUACGACAAGAUAUUGUUAUUCCUGAUUAUUGUUUUACUGGAGGUGGGGAGAUCAGGUCACUUAAUGCUUGGUUUGGUCCAGCCGGGACUGUGACGCCUUUGCAUCAUGAUCCUCACCAUAAUAUACUUGCUCAGGUUGUUGGCAAAAAGUAUGUACGGCUUUACCCGGCGUCACUAGCGGAUGAGCUUUACCCACAUAGUGAAACCAUGCUUUGCAAUUCCAGCCAGAGACGGCUUUGUAUCAAGCAUUUGGAAUGUUCCAACGUGGACAGAAUGUUAUCAAUUUGGAAACUGGGAGACGAUCCAACAUACUGGCUAGUGUUGUUCUCAGAGAGCAGGAUCAAGGAGAGGUCCCUCUGAAAAAGGGGUUCUACCAUACCUAUUGAGUCUUAUGAAAUUAAAUUUCUUCUUUGGUUUUAGGACCGAGCGAAUACUAUAUUCUGUAGGGAAAAUGUUGCCGAUUUCUCUUGCCAUGCUUUCUUUGUUCUACAUAGCUGGACAUGUGACAUGCCAGGGUAGAAGAGAACUAUUUUUUUAACCCCUCCUUAGGAGCGAGCUCCCAUCUCUUUUGCUCCCUUGGUGACUCAAACUCACAACCUUCGGGUUGGAAGUGGGAGUGCUUGCAAUCGGAGCAACUUCCUCUUGUCGGGUAGAACACAACUAUUAUAUGCCUAAUUCCAAGGUCAUAAGACAUGGUUGCUCAUGCAGUAGCUCUUCAUUUUCAUGUCAAAGGUUCUGCUUCUCUUAUGUUAUGACUUAAGAUAUCGUUUAGCCCUUCCAGUUUUGUUGUUACUCUCUUUGGAUGGUUGAUAUAUAGCCCUUCCAAUCUUGUUUGAAAGGUUGAUCUAGACAACAUUGACGAGAAAGAGUUCCCAAAGAUAUUAGACCUGGAGUUUCAAGACUGCAUUUUAGAGGAAGGUGAAAUGCUUUACAUUCCCCCUAAAUGGUGGCACUACGUCCGCUCUCUCACGACAAGUUUUUCAGUUAGCUUUUGGUGGAGUGGCUCCGAAAAAUUAGAUGGCUGAUCGGUUUUAGGUCCCUCCCUAUUCUUCUCGUCUCGUGUAUACACAGAACUAGUUCAAGUUUUGAACCAUUCAACCAUCAUUCUUCUGCAGAUCUGCAAUGUGUAUGGACUUUCACCAUUUCUAAUGUAUCAACUGCAGUAACAACUUAUAUUGGAAGAAAAACUUCUUUCUUAUGA